AUGGCCGCCCCCUACUUCGAUGACUACUCUGUUGGCCAAUGCGACAUGGGUUUCAACUUUAGCCCCACCGUGUACAGCGGUCAUACCGUCGAUCAGGGGUCCGCAUUCCAGCAUGGACCUGGUAACGAGGUUGACUUUUGCUACAUUGGCAACCGAAUGCUUUUCGGCCAGCCACCUCAACUAUAUGGGUCAUUCAUGCCCUCUAUUGCCAGUACGGUCCCGAGCUCUCCUUCGUGGGGCUGUGUGGACUACAUGGCCACUCAAUAUGGGUUGUCCGAAUCCCCUAGCCGCGAGUUACAUUCUUCUUCCGAUACGUCCGAUGUCGGGUCGUAUAACUCGGAGGAGGCCGCUGCUACAGAACACAAACAACAUCCUGCAAGUGAAGUCUCAACUCAACCUUCAUCAUUGAAGGAUGUUUCCCCGCUAGGCUACUUCCACCGUUAUCCGUGCCCGUAUCCAGGCUGCCGCAAGAGUUUUAAGCGAAAGGAGCACGCCAAACGUCACAAUAUUUCAAAGCACUUGGGUAAAAGAAUACGCUUGACUUGCGAGUUUUGUGGCAAAGACACCUUUACCCGCGCUGACAACUUGAACGCGCAUCGCAAGCUGCAUGCACGUCGUCGCCCUGCAAUCGCUAGUGGCGUUCAUUAUGUUCCUCAUGCCGAAACAAUCAUGAAGGCUCAAAGGAAGAAAUCUGACGGCGAAAUAGAAUUUGUCUUAUGCAAUGCUUAA